AUGGGAGAGAGAGGAAAAGUGCACCUUGAAGCAGAGGUCACUCUGAUGGCACUACCUAUCAAAUCUACCACUGGCAAGUUGCUUCUUUCUCCUUUUCAGUGGUCUGCUAUCUCUAAAAUGUGGUUCAUUUGCUUUUUAGGAAAGUGGAUACUAACUAAGGAGUACAUAAUUAAUAGUGCCGAAAGUGGCAGAUGGCUUGAUGAAACAACAUACGAAUGGGGAUAUAAAAUUGAAAAAGACACCCAUUAUUCACCUCAAAUGCAAUCUGCACCUAGAAGAUGGCGCAAAGAGUUGAAAAACUCUGGUGCUCCAGGGGCCUUCCACAGAUGGAAAGUUAUCUUCAAUGUUAAGGAAGGUUAUGAAAAAGUGGCACCUAUUAUAAGGAAGGAUAUACAAAAUACUGAAGUUACCGAAAUUAAGAGUUUUCUGCCAGCACAAGAAACUGACAGAAACAAGUCUAAUAUGCAGCUUAUUGAAAUGAAAAAUGCUGUGAUAAAGCAUAUAUAUUUUGUUGAGGCUGCUAAACAGAAAUUUGCUCGUAAAGAUUUUCUGGAUAGGUGCAAUCCAAAGGUUAAAAAUAAUAACCUAUCCGGAGGCAGAUUGUAUAUAUUUGAAGAAUUAAUAGAAGAGCAUUUAUUAUCUGAAGUGGUUAUAGAACUUUCUGUUGGUCAGAAGUACUUUCUACCUCCCGUUCAACUUUUUCAUUCUCUUCUAGAACGUGUCCUGUUGGAAAAUACCGAUGCAGUAUUUUGUGCUAAACUUCAUCAUGUUUUGUACCUUGUUCUCCAACAUGAUCCUCCUUGGAAAUCUGCAUCUAUGUUAGGAUAUUAUUUAGAUCUUCUUCAGUGUCCUAUAUGUAAGAAAGGCACAGCUUUCAGACAUGAAAUAGCUUAUCUAUUAAAUGCAAUGCUUGGAACCGUAGUGGAUUAUUGGAUCGUCUCAGCUUUGCUUAUGGACAGAAAUGUGUUCCAUCAAAUAGCUAAUGAUUUAGCACACUAUAUUGCCACUGCCUGUGAUGAUUUUUCAGUAUGUGAUAUUAAAAUGUUCAUUUGUUCCAUACCGUCCCUCUGGCUUCAAAUGUUUGUUGCUGAAGCAGUUUUUAAAAAAAUGUGUUUACAGAGGAAUGUAACUAUUUCUACAGAACCUCUUUCUCUUCAAAAAAUAGUCGGUCCCUACUUUCUUGCUUUGCGAGAGUUAGGGAUGUGUGAGACAAGAAAAGUACAUAAAGCAAAGAAAAUAGGGCAUUGGCCAUGCCCUGCAUCUCAGAGGGCAUUACAGAUGCUAAAUGGUGAAGAGCAGAACCAAGUCAAAGUGCUGCCUGAUCUACCAGACAAUAAGUGCCAUACAAGGAAGAGAGCCAAGGCUUCAGAUACCGAAAAGAAUUGUUUCCCUUGGGCUGAAGAGGUGCAUUUUUACAGGAGAAAUGCUAAAGGACAGACAGCCCUGCAUGCAGCUUGCAUAAGAAACAAAGUGGAGAGAUUGAUUCAGCUUCUCUCUUCCCCUGGAAUAGACAUUAAUUCUAAAGACUAUGCUGGCUGGACGCCUUUGCAUGAAGCCUGUAACCAUGGCAGCACAGUGUGUGUCAGUGAAAUUUUGCAGCGUUGUCCAGAGGUAGACCUGCUCAGUCAAGUGGACGGGGUGACUCCUUUGCAUGAUGCACUGUCAAAUGGACAUAUAGAAAUUGGCAAGCUGCUGCUUCAGCAUGGGGGACCAGUCCUUCUACAGUACAGGGACUCCAAUGGAAAAUUGCCACUGGAUUAUGUUCAGUCCCUACAAGUAAAACAAGAACUUCUGAACAUUGUUCUUCCGGAAGAGAAAAUUGAAAGUUUCAACAAACGUAUACAACAAGAGCUCAGCAGUCAGCAAAAAGAAUUGUGGUUGGUUUUAUUUAACAAGAUGCUGCUCAAUUUUUGUUCUGUUUAUAAUCUGUUUUCGCCUUUUACUUUAACUCUCAGAGAGGUAGCUGAUUCAAAUAUGCUUCUAGUAAAGACUGCUGAUAGCCAUAAGAUGAAAGAUACAUUUCCUGCACAUUGGUUAGUAGAUACAUACUUUAAAGAGCUAGAAACUUUUCAAAAGCUACCACAGUUUAUUGAAGAGGUAUCUGCAUACAUGUGUUCUUUUUCUGGAGAACAGAUGAAGGCCUUAUUAGCAACUCUGGAAACUGUGGUAAAGGCAAAUAAGCUCUUUGCUUAAAUCCUUUCCAUAGGAAGCUUCCAUAACCAGUUGCAUUGGUUAAAUCGUGACUGCUAACCUACAAUAUUUGGCUGAUACUUGUUCUGGUAACUGAAGUACAGAUGUCACAGCCGUGCAUGUUAUUAUGUGGCAAAAUCUGUCCACUCACAAUACCUUCUCAUUGUCAGACAUCUCUGGAUGCAUGACAGCACUUCAAGAGUUGCUGUGUUCUUUUAAUUUUUAAUUUUUCUGUCUUUGAAAUAUUUGUCACCAGUCUCGUGCCAUAGUUCAGUUUGGUUUCUAAAGGUAGAACACCUUAAACUGAGUUACACACCAUGUAACAAGCAGCUUUUCCCUUAGAAAAGUGCAUACCUACAUAAUUUACUGCAUUUUAACAAAACCAGUAUUCUAACUGUCUUUCAGUAAACGAAAAUGCAGGGAAAACAGAUGUCUUCUCUGCAUCUUACCUAAACACGUCUUGCAAAAGUUAGGAUAAAAUCCUGUAAAAUUAAAAACAGAAGAUAAUAAAACUUUGUUUACAGAAUCAGUGUAGUAGCACUUCCCUUGUCUUUGUUAGUUUGGUAUACACAAAGAUGUUCCAGGGUGCUAAUGGUCACAUUUGUUUAUGCAGACCAACCUGAGGAGUCUGGCCUAUUCAGUUGGGUUUUAUUCAGCACUCCAGUGGGUGUCACUGACUGGAGCUUUACAAUGACCGGGGCAUCUUCCUGCCCUCCAGGCCAGUGAUGCUGUAAAGGACCAAAUGCACCUUCAGCAUGAGUGAUGAUGUCACUAGCUCUGCUCUGCCUCAUGCUGGCUUGGAGUGAUUUGAUAAAUCCUAUACGUUGGCAGUGCAUAAAGUCAUCUUGGUAACACCCCUAGGAUUCCUCCAAUCCAGACGCUGGUAGUAGUAGUGGUAUAAAUCUAUCUGCAUUGGCGGGGGAAUUUGCUGAGGAUUAGACAAGACGGUUUAAAUAUGUACUGGGCAUCAGAUUCUGACACUAAGUAUGAAUCUCCUUAAAAAUUACAGGCCAUUUAAUGUGAGAAUUUUGUUCUCUGUUUUGUGAAUACAUGCAAACUACACAUGAUAAAUCCUCUAAACUAAUCCUCUAACCUAAUUUAGCGUUGAAUGCUACAUAUUCUAUCAGACGGUCCUUUUAAUUAAUUAAGAAAUAGAGAAAAUCCUGUGCUGUUCUUUAAAGGUAUUGAGGCUCGUGCGGCAGCUGAGCUGUAUAAUUAUGCUGCGAGAGGUUGGAUAUGUGGAAGAGUUGCGUAUUUUGGAGAGCUCUUGUCACAGAUUUAUACAGCAAUGACUAUCCUUCCUGCCGUGCAUCUUUGUAGAGAUCUGGUACAAAUUUAGAUCAGACUAAAAUCUGAGAAUAUACACUUCUAGUAGAAGAUUAACUUUUCCCUUCCUAAGGAAGAGAAGGAAAUGCUGCUUUAGAAUAAGGACAACUGAUCUUUUCUAAUGGAUUUGGUACAAGAUCAGGAAUAAUUCAAAAUCUUAGCCUUCAAAGGAAAGGUACUAAUUAGCAACGUUUCCAGUUCUUCCAUAGUAGCAAUUUGUAGUAUUAAAAAAAAGAACCUUAAAAGAAAGGGUAUGGAUAAUAGCUGCUUCUGAAAUUGAUGUUGCUUGACUGGGAGGAAUAAGUUACAUUGAUGCAGCUGGCUUGCAGCACAUUAGAACCUCCAUUUAGCCUUUCUGCAGCAGAGACAUACGAUCUCAUAGCAAUUAAUCUACUGAAGAUGCUCAGACGGGGUUGGUCUUUGAACCAGACCUUCUUUACAAAUGUUCAUUAGUGGCCGAUUAUUAUUUUUAUGUGUGCAUGCAGAACAGCCUGCUCUGGUAGAAUAGAGGGCUGGUUCAUACUGGAUUUGUUUCUGUUUGUGCCCUUUUGCGUUUCCUACAGUGAAAGAGUUGGAAAAAGCAACACUCAGAAAGCUUUUGUUGUGUGUGAAGAUAAUUAUCAACAAACUUCAGUAUUCCCUGUUGCAGGUUGUGAUGAAAGAAAUACUGCAUACAUAGUUUGUAAGGAAUGCAAAGUAUGCCAGCCGUAUUAAAAUUUUCUUUAAUUACAUCAUAAUAUUCUACCUCUAACUUUAGCUUAGAGAUUGUUGAUGUACAAUAUCAGCCUUUAAUUAUAUGAUGGCACUAUUUUUCCCUUAUGUUCUCUCAGUUUGAGUAAGGAUCAUCUACUAUGCUCUUAACGUCGGUCAGUUUUGUACGUAUUCAGUUUUAGGUAUAAUCAUGUUUGCAGACUCCAUAUCCUUGAAAAAUCUUAAAUAUAUCUCUAUCAUAUUUGACAUAAGAUUUUGUGCUUCAUCUCGUUUAUUAGAGAGCACCUAUUCUCUUUUGGAAUAGCAAUUUUUAAGUCAUUAUCACAAUGAAGUGAGCUCUAUUAAGUGAUUAAACUGUCUCCUUUUAAAAUCCCUCCAUGUUUUGCAAUCCAGGGUGCUUCACAAAGAUUUGUCCUCAGCCAACCUCGGUUUCUUAGGCCUUUAGUAAGUUUCUCUACAUUCUCCACCUACAGCAUGCAGCUGCAGAACAGCACUGUUGCACAUACAUAAACAAAGUACUGCCCAGAGCAGUUGUUGGCUUGUUGUUUGGUAAAAGCAUGAUGUUUGGUAAAAGCAAAAUAGACGUAGCACUCUAUGGUACACAGUUGGAAUUACAGUGGAAUGCAGACUUGUUGUUAAAGCCUCAAAAGUUGCCAAAAAGGAGUACAAUUACACCAAAUUUCAAUAUUACAGCUUCUCCAACACAUACCUGUUGUUUGACAGCAGUGAUACUACUGAACACAAGUGUAUUAGGGAUGAACUUUGUGUACAAAAUGAUAAGUGAUGUCUGUAAAGACUUUUUCCUGAGUGUUUUUUAUAUUUCAGAAUGUGUCUCAUAGCAAAUAAAGGACCAAAGAUGGCAUACAGCA